AUGGCGGCCACGACAGAUGAGAAACCCGCUACAGCUAGCAUCUCGGAUACCGAGAAGGAUCUCAGCUCUAGGGUGCCGGAUAAGUUUACGGGCUUUGAGGAUCCCGAUGCUGGGUUGAGCGAGGAGGAGAGGGCGGAGAUUGACCGCAAGCUCCUCUGGAAACUCGAUAUACGCCUCGUGCCAUGGUUGAGUCUACUCUAUCUCGUCUCCUUCCUCGAUCGUACAAACAUCGGCAAUGCCAAAAUUGACGGUCUCGCGACGGAUCUAGGCAUGACCGCUAAUCAGUACAAUGCCACGCUGACCAUCUUCUUCGUUUCGUACUCCGUCUUUGAGCCCUUAACCAAUGUUUUGCUCAAGCGACUGCGGCCGAGUAUCUUCAUUCCAUCGAUUAUGCUGGCUUGGGGUAUCUGCAUGACCUGCAUGGGUCUUGUCAAUAACUACUCCGGCCUCCUGGCCGUUCGCUGGUUCCUGGGCCUCAGCGAAGCCGGUCUUUUCCCCGGCGUCGGCUACUUCCUCUCAUGCUGGUAUAAGCGCUCCGAAUUCGGUGUGCGAAUGGCCAUCUUCUUCUCUGCUGCUGCGCUGGCCGGAUCCUUCGGUGGCUUGCUUGCUGCUGCCAUCUCGGAGAUGGAUGGUGUCGGUGGAAAGAAAGGUUGGGCCUGGAUCUUCAUUCUGGAGGGACUGGUCACGAUCGUGAUCGGGUUUGCUUCCUUCUGGUUUGUGUAUGAUUUCCCCGACCAGGCAACGUUCUUGUCACCAGCAGAUCGCACGCGAGUGUUGCGCCGGCUUGCGGCCGACCAGCAGUCUAGUGCGGAACAUGAGGAGUUCAAGAUGUCGUAUUUCUGGGCCAGUGUCAAGGACUGGAAGACUUGGACUGGAGCUAUCGUCUAUAUGGGUGCUGAUGGAUCGCUCUAUGCGUUCUCGCUGUUCGUGCCGACAAUCAUCAACGAACUAGUAAGCUUCAGCUCAAUCCGCGCUCAGCUUCUGAGUGUCCCGCCAUACGCUGCUGCUGCCAUCCUGACCGUUACCAUCGGAUUCAUUGCAGAUCGCACCCGCCAGCGUGGACUCUGCAACAUUGGUGUUUCCUUCCUCGGAAUGAUUGGAUUCGCUAUGCUAUUGGGCUGCAAAUCCGCGGGCGCGCGGUAUGCCGGCGUUUUCCUCGGCGCCAUGGGCAUCUACCCAGCCAUUGCAAACACCAUCUCUUGGUCCAGUAACAAUAUUGAGGGUGUCUAUAAGCGCGGUGUAUCCCUCGGCUUUAUUAUCGGAUGGGGUAAUCUCAACGGAAUUGUCUCGUCCAAUAUCUAUCGCGACAAGGACAAGCCCCGUUACUUACCCGGCCAUGGGGUGGUGAUGGGCUAUUUGGUCUUGUUCCUCUUUGGUGGCUCGGUCGUGCAGUAUCUGCUGCUGCGUCGCGAGAACGGCAAGCGCCGUCGCGGAGAGCGUGAUCAAUGGAUCGAAGGGUUGGAUCACAGUCAGAUUGAGUUGCUGGGUGAUAAACGCCCGGAUUUCAUGUACACGCUGUGA